UGAAAAUAACCGGAGGGAGGGAAAAUGAGAAGAGAAGACAGGAUUCAGGCUUCACUGACCGGAUGACUUUCGCACAGUGUUUAUUAGGACAAGCUUCCACGUGUGAAGGACUAGGAGACAUAGUGAGGAAGGCACCUGGGGAACCUUGCACCACACCAGGGCACAAAGGAGCUGGGACAGCCCUGAGGGGACACCUGAGCUGGGAAAGGACACCUCAUCAAGUACAGGAGUGAGCAACACCUCACAGGAGACGGAGUCAGAGGAACACCCGACAACAACCUGCUGUCGCUCCUCCUCUCCUACCAUUCCCCCUCCUCCAUCUCCAUCCUCUCUCCGUCUCUCAUUUGAUCCCAUCCCUCACUCCCUGCAUCACAGAGGGAGAACGUGCACUGAGAGAAGAGUCUGAGAGAUAUCCACAACCUAGUGACAGAAAAGAGUUGGAUAAAGUACGGAGGGGAAGCGAUGGCCCUCAUGCCGCUGUCCUGGUGGCUGGGUGCAGCUUUGACUCUGGUCUGUGGCUCUUCUUGGCCCGAAGUGAAUUCGGCCCUGGCACCUGAGAAUGAAGUUCCUCUUCGCCCAACUACAUGGUUGACAGAGGGAAAGAUCACCUCUGUAACACUUCGUAAAGGAAAAACUCGCAGGUUAUACUUUACGCUGAAGAAGAAGGCCUCUGCAAUGUCUGUGACUGUCAGCCCCUGUGACCUUCCCUUGGAGUGGAGCCUGGCUGCUCGCACGCUGAAGGACAAACCCCUGAAAAGCCUGCAUUAUCUCUCUUUCAUCUCAGGGACAAGCAAAAAGAGCACGCCCGAGAUGUGGUGGCGAGGUCCUGGGACUGAAGAGAAACUAUACAGCUUCACCGGUGAUGUAGUACACACAUACAGCGGGCCUUCCCAUCCUCACUCUUCCAUCUACAUCCUGAGGCUGCGCUCCAAACAGUUUAACACCAGAGCUACAGUGCACCUCUAUGAAGGCCAUGGGCCCUCAGGCACCUUCCCUCUAAUCCCUGCAGACCAGAGAGUUCACACCUUAGGUGUGGGCAUGACGAGUGUCACCCUCAGCUGGGCGCCCAGUCCCUCCAUAACCAGCCUUCCAAAUGCGGAGAACAGCUACAAUUACUGUGUCCUCGUCAAUUCUCUGCGAAACUACCCCAGUCUUUGUGCUGCCCAGGAGAGCAAGAGGAAAGAGAAAGAUCAGAAACAAGACAAAAAGGAGAGAAAAGUGACAGUGUGGCCAAUUUUGAAAGAAUGGUGGUGGCAGCAGUGGGACACUUAUCCAGAAGACCAAAGUCCGCCAUCCACUGACGAUGGUCUCCAGUGCAUGUGUCACGGCCUAGACAGUGUUUGCACUGUGUCCGAGCUUCUGCCCGACACCCCCUACUACUUUGACGUUUUUGUGAUUGACAGACUGAAUGGGACCAGUGCAGCCUACAAGGGAACAUUUGCUCGGACACAUGAGGAAGCUCGACCUGCAAUCACUUCUCUGAAAGAGGGAGAGCUGAAGUGGGUGACCUUUGGAGACGGAGGCUCAAACUCAGAACAGCUUUUCACUUUCCGUCCACGGGGUUGGCAGCACAGUGGCCUCCUCACUUUGCAGAGCUGUGGUGGAGGUGAUAAAAUCAAGGUAACCGUUUCAAGUCAAGGGGAGGUUUUGACUUCUCAGAGUGUUGGGGGAGAUUUGUCUCAUAUUUGGCUCCAAGGAAGUCCUUCCUAUCUCAUUCACUUGGAGCGAGAAGGAACUGCUACUGAGCAGAUCUCUCUGGUUAAAGACCAAAUUCAAGCAGGAGGUUUGAUGGGUUCAGUCAAAAUGCAGAUCUCAUCAGCAUACCACAGAAGAGGGGUCCCAUCUCUGCCCUCCACCUUGCAGAUAAAAUCCUUCAACCGGUUGCGUGGUUGCAACAGUAUCACCCUGGCUUGGAUGGGGACAGAGGAGAGAAGCCUGUACUGUGUGUACCACAGAAAGCUUGAAAACCUCGAGGCAGGGGGAGUAUCAACUCUAACCUCUCCCUGUCUGGGACCAGAGUCCCGCUCUGACACUGAGAGGGUUCUCUGCAAGUAUUUCCAAGAGCUGAAUCCUCGACGGGCCGUCACUACAGCUGUGAUUGGGGGCCUGGAGCCAGGAACGGCCUAUGUGUUUGAUGUCUAUCUAAUGAGACGCUGGGGGAUCCCUAUCAAGUACUCCAGCAAGAUGGUGAAAACCAGAAAGGAGUGCUGAGCUGCUGCCCCCUAGAGGAGGUUUUUAAAUGUCCCAGUUAAGGGGAAACGCAUCAGCCAUGGACAUGCUGUGAAAACUGACCAAGAGUGUGAAGUAAUUUGAUUGUUGAGGAGAGAUUGUCAGUAUAACAAGGAUGUGACCUCUUGGAAGACCAGUGGUUACGUUUGAUCUUCACUUACACUCCAAGUGCAAGUGGAUUGAAAGCAUUUUUAGAAGGAUCUGCACACCAGCAAAAGUUCAUAACAUUUACAUUUCAACUCUUUUGCUCUUGUCAUUUUGUUUCUCAUUGUUGAUCAUGGUAAUGACAUGCCAGUUGUCCAAGUGCUUAUUCUGUGUCUGAGUACAAAGAGCAGGCGAGAUUUGUGAUGACAGAAAGUCAGCACAUAAACAACAGCAGAUACUGUGCCAAGUAUGCAAGAGAAGCAGAUGGGGCAAUAAUUAGAUAACAUCUGAGACAGGACAGUUUGGAGUGUAUAUUCCCAGUACUGCAUAUUGUACAGGCUUAUAAACAUAGGUGGGUGCAAUCUAAAGAUACUUAUUUUGAAGUCAGUGUGUAUCUUUGUGUUCUGCUUUCGCAUGAAGCAGUGAGAAAUACUUAGUGACUUGCCUCAUUGUCUUUGAUGUAUUUUUGUGCUGCUUCAAACUCACCAAUAAAUAAGGUGGUGUCUGGAAAUUCUUGACCAAGUGUGUAUUUAACUCUGACUUGGAAAUCCAAGCAGUGAUCAAA